AUGCAAUCAUCCACAGCCGCAAACUCAUUGCUUCAACUGUGGCAGGAUGUGUUGCAGCUCGCCAUAAUAAACUGUCAAAACUCCCCCGUGUUUACCACUCAAGAACUUGGUCAUCGAGAAAGCGAGGUGUACGCUUGCGUCUCUGGUUCUGAUGGCGCUAACUUGGCCACCGCUGGUAGGGACGCCAGCCGAUCACGUGUUCGACAAGUCAAUGGUUCAAUCUUCUUCGAUCUUCUCCAACCAGAUCAUUCUUCACAACUCCUACAUCAGUGCAUGAUGGAUCGGAAGCCGCCUAUAAAUAGCCUCUUAGGGGUCGCAUUCUCGCAACCACCACCGCAUGCCCAUCGCAAUGCCCUCGUUCGGCCUGGCGACAGCAACUACAGUAUAGCCGACACAGAUAAGACCUUUGCAGUUUGGUAUGUUAAAGCCUACUGGCGAUGCCCGCAGAGUGGAGACUUUGAUGAAGUUACUUGUGGUGAUUGUGAGAUGUGA